AAUCUCUGGCAGCACAAAUAACAAAUAAAUUUAUAAAUUAGCGGCAAGGAGUGGAUAUGUCGACGUCCCCCGAAGAUCGGCUGCGCGAGAGCCUCAACCGCUGUCUGUCGGACUCGCUGGUGAAGGGAUUCGGAGGUCUGGUGAUCGGGUCCGUGGUCACCCUGCUCUUCUUCCGGAGGCGCAUCUGGCCCGUCUGGCUGGGCACAGGGUUCGGCAUGGGCAUGGCCUACCGGGGAUGCGAGAAGGAGCUGAACGAGGUGAAGUUCGCCCACCGGAAGUGAUCUCUGGACAGCCGGACAUUUGAUUUUACUCUUGUUUACACAUGAUUCAAUGGCUUGUGCUUGGAAUGUGGAUGUCUUUUGGUGUGGGAUAAAAUGAUUUAAUGCAAACACAA